GGAACGUGCGCGCUAAUGCCGGCGAGGUUUUUAUUUUUUCUAGGCGGUUUUAUUUCACGCAGCAACCGCAGGGGUCUCCCACUAUUUACAUCUUCCCAAGUUUCAAGAGCCUCAACCAUUUUUUCUAUACAAUAAUUUCCUCGGUAUUAAAGCUAAAAUUCUUGAUCUAAUUGGGUCAUAUAAAACAGCUUCUUGCUAAAUACCUUCGAUCUCCCGCUGCAUCAUAAUACCUCUACCUACAAUCCAAUCACUUCAUCGCCGAACGAACCUGAAAAAAAAAUACCAAUCCACCAUGUCGGAACUCGUGGAUCUCGUCACCCAUCUGUUCGACUCGGUAUCCCAGCUUUUCACGCUGGUUAAAGACCGCUUCUCCACAAACCUCAGCGAGUCCUUUACUUCUAUGACACCGAAACAAUGGAUCCGACUAGUCAUCAUCGUCGGCGCAUACAUGCUCUUGCGUCCAUAUCUCAUGAAGAUGGGUGCUAAGUUCCAAGAAAAACAACUUGAGAAGCAAUUCGCAGAAGAAGAAAAGCAAGCCGAAAUAUCACCAAACCAACUGCGCGGUCAAGUCGACAUACCCGAAGAUAGCGACGAGGAAGAACAAGCCGAGACGACCUCUUCGGACUGGGGAAAGAAGGCACGAAAGCGACAGAGAAAUAUGAUCAAGAAGCUGCUGGAUGCUGAAGAGAAGAGGUUACAAGAACUACAAGAAGAUGAGGAAGACAAGGAUAUCGAGCAAUAUCUCGUUGGAUAAGAUCAAUAUGGGUUGAAUUGGCGCACGGGAAAGGUGCUAGCGCAUAUGUUUGGUUCCUCAGCUUCCGCAAUACAAAGUUAAUAUAGAAGACUUGUUCGUCGAACCGACCAUUCUAUCAUCCAUCGUCUAGUUGUCUACCUGAUACUGCGAGCGAAGCACGGCGAUCACAUAGUCGCAUACGCAUGAUUUAAUGAGAAUAAUACUCUGCCUCCUUACCUGGCGAUUCUGGGGCAAAAACCAAGAAAAUCAUAUACCUAAGAAGUCAAUUGUUACCGAUUGAUUCGUUUCGAUAUUAAUCCCCUGCUAUGGACCAAUUCGUAGAAUCGCCGAC